AUGUCGCAAGCUAACCUGACUGAGAAGAAAGCUGAUGAGCUUCCAGGAGUUCACGCCCGCGCAUCCACUACGAAGUCUUGCAAGGCCAAGGCUGUCGCAUUCAAGAUCGCACUCGCUGCACUCGCAAUCUCUGCUUCAACGUACUUCGUGAAGAGACCCUUUAACGGUAUCCUCACCGGCCCACUCGAGGAGUCACAGGGUGCAGAUUUGUGCCCUCAGGUAGAUGAAAUUGUUCCGGAGAAGAAUGGGGACAUCUGGGAGGGUCUUCAACGCACAUACGGUACUGAGGAGUUCAAAACGAGAGCUGUAGAUUGGCUUGGAGGAGCUGUGCGAAUUCCCACAGAGACAUUCGAUGACAUGGGAGAUGUAACAGAGCCAGUCUGGGAGAAAUUCCUCCCAUUACAUGAUUAUCUGAAAGAAUCGUUCCCUUUACUUCACUCACACUUGGAACUUACAAAAGUCAAUACAUACGGACUGUUGUAUGUGUGGAAAGGCUCAGAUAGUGCUUUGAAGCCACUCCUUCUCGCGGGUCACCAAGAUGUGGUUCCUGUCUUAGAAACGACGAUCGACGAAUGGCAGCAUCCCCCAUUCUCCGGGUACUUUGAUGGGGAGAAACUUUGGGGUCGUGGGUCGUGCGAUGAUAAGAGCGGUUUAAUUGGAAUGAUGUCUGCAAUUGAAUCCAUGCUAGAGAGUGGCUUCAAGCCGACUCGCACGGUCGUGAUCGCGUCAGGUUUUGAUGAAGAAGUAAGUGGUUUACGGGGUGCGUCUUCCCUAGCUACCGAAAUGCUGGAGAGAUUUGGAGAAAAUGCCUUUACCAUGCUUGUCGACGAAGGCGCUGGGUACGGCGAGGUAUAUGGUCGUGACAUUGCAGUACCUGCAAUCGGCGAGAAAGGUUCCUUGAACGUACGAAUCAAAGUUACAUCUCCCGGUGGCCAUUCGAGCCUUCCUCCACCUCAUACUAGCAUCGGCAUGCUCGCAGAGCUCCUUGUCCAGUAUGAGAAAAAUCCCUUCGAGGUCCACCUAAAGAGAGGAUCGCCGACUUACAGGAGUGCUCAAUGCACGGCUCAACACGCACCAGGCGUCAGUUCCUCACUAAAGAAAUACAUGUUACGUGCAGAGCACUGUGAUGGAGCACUUCGCGCUGCUGAGCAGGAACUCUUUAUGGAUCGCGCUUUCAUGAGCCUUGUUGGCACUACUCAAGCCAUUGAUCUCGUGGAUGGUGGUGUGAAGGUAAACGCUCUCCCGGAACAGGCGUGGGCCAUUGUGAAUCACCGAAUUUCAACAGAAAGUUCCAUCGCUGCCACAAGAGUGCGAGACAUCAAAUUAUUGGAAUCCCUCGCAAACGACUUCAAUCUAUCUUACACAGCCUUUGGUAGCCAUAUUUCCAAUGCAGAUGUGCCUUCAUAUGGCACCCUGACCCUCUCCGAUGCGUUUGGUGAUGGUCUGGAACCAGCACCAGUCACUCCAUCCGGCGAAGAUGCUGCGCCGUUCAAGCUUUUAUCUGGAACUAUCAAAGCAACCUACAACACCCAUAGAAAUAUUUCCGGUUCAGAUGCACUUAUUGUGAGCCCAGGCAUCAUGUCUGGUAACACAGAUACACGGUUCUAUUGGAAGUUGACUGACCAUAUUUUCCGAUAUGGUCACCUAGAGGGAGCCAGUGGAUCUAUUCCUUCUGGCGUGCACACAGUCAAUGAAGCAAUCUCCGUCAAUAACUUCGUUGAAGUUAUCCGAUUCUUCACCACUUUGAUUCUCAACGUAGACGAAUCAUCCCUUCCUUAGGGUAACCUCAAGUUGUGUAUCAAAUAUUAUUGGAUGCUUGCUAUAUGAUGUUCUCGUCACCGUGACCGUACAGCUGAGCAAUGAACAAUUUCCCUCGCUUGCAGACUUCUAACAUCU